AUAAAUAGUAUAUUAUACUGUAUUUAUGUAAAAAAAUGAAGAUAAGAAAAAAAAAGUGACUUUUUAUGGUAGGGUGGGCCGAAGAGGGGGCUUAUUUAUUAGUUAUAAAUACAUUUUAAAGUUUUUUGUUUGUUUUUUCAAAUGUUCUAUAAAUAUACUUUACUUUGUGACACAGUUUUUUGUUAAUAAUAUUGUGAAUUUGUGAAAUUCAUGGAAUAUUGGACAUAUCUUCUGUGAAUGGUUGAUUUUUCACUUUUAGGGGGCCAGUAUGGAUAUGGUGGUGCACCCCCAGCAGGAGGAGCCUAUGGAGGGGCACCAGGCUAUGGAGCCCAGCCUUACAGUACUUAUCCAGGUCAGCAGCCAUAUCAUGGAACCCCAGCAGCUUAUGGGCAGGCACCAACAAUAGAUCCCCAGAUCCAGCAAUGGUUUAUGUCAGUAGAUCAUGAUAAGUCAGGAAGAAUAACAGCUCAUGAGUUACAGAAGGCACUUAUCAACACCAACUGGACAGCAUUCAAUGAGGAAACUUGUAGGCUGAUGAUAGGCAUGUUUGACAAGGAUUUCAGUGGUACUAUAGAUCUAUAUGAGUUCCAGGCUCUUUGGCACUAUAUCCAGCAAUGGCGGGCAACUUUUGACAGCUUUGAUAGCAAUAAAUCAGGCUCGAUAGAAUCUCAUGAACUCCAUCAAGCUUACCAGCGUAUGGGCUACAAUGUAUCUCCACAAUUCAUUCAGACUAUUGUGAUUAAGUUUGACCACUAUGGACGGCGGGCAUUGACUUUAGACAAUUUCAUCCAAUCCUGUGUGAUGCUGAAGUCUCUGACAGAUGCCUUCAGACAAAGGGACACCACCAUGACUGGAGUUGUGCGUAUGUCUUAUGAGGACUUUAUGCAGCUAGCAGUUCUUAAUAAACCCUAAACUUCAUAACAUUAUUGUCACUAAGUCCACAUGAAACAGAUUUAAUUAUGAGUAAUGUUGAUGCUUAAUUUAUAUCUUAGAUUUAUUAGCUUUUCAUUGUUCAAAUGGAGACUUAUGUAUAUUACUUUAUUUCAUAUACAGAUUUAUUUAGAAAUAGAAACAUUUACGCCCUAUUUAGUAUUAUUCAAUUGUACAUGGGUGGAUAUCUUGUGAAGGGUCUAGUCAACAUUCACCUCCCAAGCGAUGUUCUUUUGGCUUAUUAAUUUGCAAUAAGUAAAAAAAAAUUCAUCUUACCGUUGUUAUUGAUUUAAAUUGAGUAGCACAUUUUUUUUUUACAAUUAGUUUUUGAAUGCUGUUUUGUUGUGGAUAAGAUGCAUUUUUUAAAUGUGUGAAUUAGUCAUUACUUUUAUAUCAUUGUAUAUUCUUAUAAAAUUUGACUCAAUACUCCUUGAAAGUAUGCCCACAUAACAAUUUCAGGCUCUUUUUUUUUUUAUCGCAUUAACUUCUUUGUUGUAUAAAUUUAACUUAGCAAACUAUAACAAAGAUCUAUAUUGACUUGGCUAAAUGAAACAUUAAACAAUAUUUUAAGUUAA